CACUACACUGCUGCUCACUACCGCCACUCAUCAGCCAACUGCUGCAGGCAGGAGCGUACGCAGCCCCUUCAAACCGGAAUUUAUGGCAAGUGGACACAGACUGCUGCUGCUGCUGCGGACGAAGUGGAAUUUCUGAGAGAGAAUAAAAAAGCAAGAACAAAGAAAGAGUCAGGGAGUGAAAGUGAAGUUUGAGCAGCGUUUGUGUCAGACUUUUUUUUUUGUUUUCUCCCUGGUGCUCUCGGCUCCAGCUUCCCUCCCUCUCAACCAGCGAGUCCCGACGGCUUCAGUUCCUCCUCCUUCCCCCGAAACUCAGGCAAACUCCACUUAACUCCACACCGGAGGACAAUAACCGCACUUUGUUGUUUGGAGCACUCCCUCUUGGUAACACAGCUCACCUGUAUUUGCUGUCCGGCCUGGUUAAAACUUUGUUAUGGGUCAACCUCUAAAAAGGACAGUUGACCGUAGCUGAAUAUCUACAACAGCAUCAAGACAAUGUGGCAACAUCUGGUUUCUGGAAUUCAUCAAGCCUUCCAAAGCCUUUUGUAGGACUAUCAAGCCAACAGGAUGACUAAUGUAUGUUUCUUCGUGGUCAAAACACAUCUUAUCAGAAGUAUCAGACCGCUGAUCAUCAAAGAUUUCCCAAAACAAAGACUUGGAUUGUAAUAACUUUUGCAGUUUUUUUAAAACUUUUUUUUUUUUUAACUUCUCAAUUGCACAUAAAGUGAAAGCGCCUCCCUCAUGAGCUGCAGAAAUGGAUUAGAAGCCCAUGUGUAGUAGGACCGCUGUUGCAGCUUGUGGAAUUACAUAGACCCAGACUGUUGGGCACUCACUUUUUGAGGGGGCCAAGGGAUCUGAUCCCAGCCCCAAAGAGCCCCGUUGUCUGACCAUCACACCUGUUUGAAGGCAGACCCCACUAUCCAAUGGCAUGGGCCAAGUUUUUCAGGAAGCCGGGCGGCAAUCUGGGGAAAUCGUACCAGCCAGGGAGCAUGCUGUCACUGGCCCCCACCAAAGGACUGCUGAAUGAGCCAGGCCAGAACAGCUGCUUCCUCAACAGUGCGGUGCAGGUGCUAUGGCAGCUGGACAUCUUCAGACGCAGCUUGAGGCAGCUUCCUGGACACUUCUGUUUAGGAGAGUCAUGCAUUUUUUGUGCAUUAAAGGGCAUUUUCUCCCAGUUCCAGCACAGCCGGGAGAGAGCCCUGCCCUCUGACAACCUGCGUCACGCCUUGGCAGAGACCUUUAAGGACGAGCACCGCUUCCAGCUGGGCUUCAUGGAUGAUGCUGCAGAGUGCUUUGAAAACAUACUGGAGAGGAUCCACAUGCACAUUGUCCCUGAGGAGACGGAUGCCUGCACUUCAAAGUCUUGCAUCACGCAUCAAAAGUUUGCUAUGUCACUUUAUGAGCAGUCUGUAUGUCGUAGCUGUGGGGCAUCAUCCGACCCACUGCCGUUUACUGAGCUGGUGCAUUAUAUUUCCACCACUGCACUCUGUCAACAGAUGCCUCCACGAAAAGAUGAGUCUUUCGGGGAUCUCUUACAAGCAGCAAGUACGAUAGGGGACCUUCGAAACUGUCCUAGCAACUGUGGUCAGAGGAUUAAGAUCAGACGGGUCCUUAUGAAUUCCCCAGAAAUAGUUACCAUAGGCUUUGUGUGGGACUCUGACCAGUCAGACCUCACUGAAGAUGUUAUCCGCUCUCUGGGACCUCAUCUCAGUCUCUCUGCGCUCUUCUACAAGGUAACAGAUGAGCAUGCCAAAAAGGGGGAGCUGCUGCUCGUGGGGAUGAUCUGCUAUACCAGCCGUCACUACUGUGCCUUCGCCUUCCACACAAAGUCCUCCAAAUGGGUCUUUUUUGACGAUGCAACUGUGAAAGAGAUUGGCUCCAGGUGGAAAGACGUUGCCAGCAAAUGUAUCAAAAGUCACUACCAGCCCCUCCUCCUUUUUUACUCCAACCCCGAUGGGAGUGCCAUUAUUGCAGAUCAUGCCUCAAAACAAAGCAGCAGCCAGGCUCAAGUGCAAGCAGGCCUUGACUCUCCAGUGUCAGCCCCUAAGAAACUGGACCUCACCAGGGAGAAUCUGAAUGCUCUUCUGGGUCAUGGCCCUUUCAAACAGAAAACUGCCUCAACCCUUAGUAGGAGCAGUGCUCAGACCAACGGAGGACGGGGACAUGUGAAAAUUAGUUCCACUGAUCCCAAGAGUCGCCUCAGGGACAUUUCUCGAGAAGCUGCCCAGAAAGCAGGAGAGGUUCGGAGCAUUCAUCCAGCCAGAAGAGAGCCCGAUCGGAGUGGUCAGCGGAGGCAGGAGACACGUUACAGAGAUCCAGGCCACGACAGGACCUACUCCCGCUCCGUCUCCCCUCCAGAGAAUGGCUUCAAACAACACCUGGAAACUCGACUGUACAGCAGCCAAGGAAAAGGCAACACACGGACUGAGCGAACACCCUACUAUGGCGGGCGUUCCUCCCAAGAACACCCCCGCUCUCACUCCAGAGUCCAAGUGCUACCUAGUGUGCCCAGCAUAAGCAAUAGCCAUCAUAGCCGCAGGCUAGACCAGAUUCCCAAUGGAUAUGAUACUGACAGCAGCCAGGAUUCUCGAGAUCAUCCUGGAAGUGGAGCGCACAGUCGAAGCAGGACAAGCCACCCGUGGAAGCCCAUGCGGGAGGCUCUAAAUGUGGACAGUGUUUUAAGUGGCAAUUGUGAUAAUUCUGUAAGUCAAGAGCGAAGACAGCACAGCCCACGGAGAAGGCCCAGCAGUCAGUCGCCCACUCGGGACCGAGAGCGUGACAGAGAUUUCACGUGGGGAGUCCUGGAGGAACGCAAACCCAAGAGUCUGAUGACCAUCUACGAGGAUGAGCAGAGGCAUGAAACUGGUGGCAGCCGAAGCUCGCUGGACUCGGAUAGCAGGGGUGGCUACAGUGACAGGUCGAAGGGCUCGUCAACUCUGAAACUGCGGAAUGACAACUGGAAGAUCCAGCGAACUGAAUCUGGAUAUGAAAGUAGUGACAGGCUCAGCAAUGGUUCAGCAAAUCUGGAUUCACCUGUGGUCGAGAACGUCUCUUCAAAGGACCUGCGGCCCAUACCAGAGCUGCAUCUGACAAGGGAUCACUUCCCUCCAAGAAGCACUGAUGAUUUGAAGGCUGACAUUCUGCACUCCACGUUUUUCACCAGUGAACAAGGAAGACAAUCUCCAGAUCCACAUGAUCCAGUCAUCCUCUCUGGUCAGCCCAUACACAGAAGAAGAGCUUUUCGUUACACUCCUGGUAUUUUGGAAAAGAACAGUGGUCUGGACAGUGAAUCUGAAGAAAAUGUGGAUGGCAGCCCUGUGAGCCCUGUGCCUCCUUUCUCAGCUAAGACCAGCAGUUCUGAGUGGAACAGCUCAGAUGACCUUACCGGACCGCUCUCUGAACAAGAGGAGACUGGUACUGGUGCCGACCUAAACCCUCUCCCGCACAAAUAUCCCCCUCCUUUACCUCUCAAGACCUUUGGCAACAGUCACACUGACCCAUCUGGUGCCCACUCCCAACUGCCUGAGGUGUCAACACGGUCGAGCCCCCGCAGUGAACCCAAAAAUGGCUCGUCCCUCCACUCCCACACCACACUCCGUCGGUGGAUUGAGACACCUGCAGAGCACAGGCUUUCAUCCGGUGCCAGCUCCAAGUCAGGGUCAUCGGACCAGGAGAGGAACGAUCUGUCAGCCAGCGAGAGUGACGAGAGGCUACCGAGUCCAAAUCCUGGUACGGACUCCCCUACUCUGUCAGAUAUUGUUCUUCCCACCACUUACUUCUCUGUGGACGGCUGUAUGACAGACACGUAUCGGGCCAAAUACCAUAAGAGGCCUGCCUUUUACACAAAAACAGAGGACCAGGCAUCAUCUGGGGAGAGUGAUGCAGAAGGGAGGGCCCUUCCCUUACCACAUGUUCAGCCGCCAGAGCCUUCCAAAAGCCAAUCAGAAUCAGGCUAUUCUACUACUACCAGGAUUAAGUGGAAUCCAAUCACUCCAAAAGGACUCGAUGAGCAUGGUUUCCUAUGAUUUUUAACUAAAGCGUCAGUUGACACUGUUUGCCAAAAGGAAUUGCUGUGCAAUUUGACUGCAACACAGUUUAACUCCUUUCAUAUGAGAUGUUGUACUUGCUUAUGAUGAAGUCAUAGCAGGACUGGGUGCCAAAGAGAUUGAGAAAAAAAAAGACGGGUGUCCUUUUUGCUGUUUGGUUGCUUUGGUAAGAAUUACUAAAAGCUUUCAAACAAGAGAAAAUUUGCACAGUAAAAAGCACCAUACAGGUACAGAAAAAUAAGUAUGCCUAUUUGCUGUCAAUGGUGUUUUGGGCUUUUGGUGCUCGAAAGCAAAGGGGUGGGUGAGCAAAGAAUGUAUAUGAAACUGUCACUUUAACACACAAUAGAUUUAUAUUACAUGAAGAAAUAAUCACUGUCUUUCAGAUCCACCCUCACCCUCCAUGGAUUUAUUUUAUUUGUUUAUCUACUCUCAUGUCAGUGUUAUGAGGUGUCUGUCCUAGUUCUGUCUGUUUUUGACUUAAACGUUCAUUGGUUUUUGAAGAACAUUGAGCACAGUGUUUGAAAGUGGAAAGUAAUUCUUCACACUGGACACUCCUGGCACGACUUAAAAAAAAUGGAUCCCAAGGAUCUGUGUUAAUAUGAAGCUUGAGGGCAUCCACGUUGGUUUUUGGCCAAUAAGAUCUCUUUUGAAAAUGUGUCAAAGUGAGACAGGUUACAGCUUGGGGUUCAUGUUUGUAUGUGGUGGGUUAUUGACCUCUGAAAGUAGCCAGCAAAUGCUUUUCUUCUGCCUCACCUUCAACUGUCAAACAAUCAGUGUAAAAUAUGAAUACUGACCACCAGUGUGGUUGAGCAGGGUCAAUAAGGUGAUGGGAAAAAUAUGUGAAAUUGAUUGUUUAUAUUAGGUUGAAAAGUGUGGCAUGAGACACGUCCCUGUACACAUCGCAACUGUUUCAUAUGGCUUUGCACUGUAUUUCUGGUUGAUUAUGUGUCUGCGUUGCUAGGACAUGGUCAUGUCAGAAUUUAAAAGCUUAAUUUAGAAAUAAACAGGCUUGCUUGUUAGAAGUUGUUAUUAACUUGUUCUUAACCUGAGUAGUGGACUACUUUUGGUUCAAAAAUGUUUUAUAUAUGCAGCAGACCCUAAUGCACAGUGCCUUUUGUAUUUUUCUAUGUCAAGACAACACUAAAUCAGAGCCAUGGUUUGUACAAUUGUUUGACUUUUUUUUGUAACAUUUUAUUUUAUUUUUUAUUGAUAAACCGUUGUUAAAUAAACAAUUUUAUUUUAAAUAAACAAUUUUAUUUAACCACA